AUGACAAAUCGAAAAGACCAGUGUAAAGCACGUCAUAUUAAAUAUGCUUUAAACUGUAGUGUGACUUUAAGGACUUUGAAUUUAGUUUGUUUUGGUGUUACGCGUAUUUUGUUUCAACUGUACCAUUUAUCAACCAUGGGAGUAUCUGAUACCGGUUCCUCCAUCACGUCAGACUUGUCACCCCACGACCCUGAUCGUCCAGGAUCUGGUAGUGGUAUAGACGACGAAGACAUCCCCAGGCGGAAACAAAGACGGUAUAGAACGACAUUCACGAGCUACCAACUCGACGAACUUGAGAAAGCCUUUGGGAGAACACACUAUCCUGACGUUUUUACCAGAGAAGAGCUGGCAUUAAAAAUUGGUCUUACGGAAGCGAGAAUACAAGUAUGGUUUCAAAACCGGCGAGCAAAGUGGAGGAAGCAAGAGAAGGUGGGACCACACGCACAUCCCUACAGCGGGUACUUAAGCAGCGGGCAGCCUCUACCGACACCUACACUGUCGAUGCCGCCGCACUCGCUUUCACAGCUUGGUUUUGGACUGAGAAAGCCUUUUGAUACCGCUUUGGCAUCCUUUAGAUAUGCAAGCUCUCCACUGUUCGGCGCUCAGUAUCUGCCACCUCUAUCCCGUCCCCAACUCUUCGGGGCCCCAUUAUACGCAACAUCACCACAUUUCCAUUCGAUUUUCGCCAACUUAACAGUACCAGAACCUCCUCGUUUUUCGCCUGAACAAUCUCGACUUUCUCCAGAAGUUAUUCGUUCUCCUGCUCCAUCUAUUUCACCCCCCAUCUCUCCUGGAAGUGAAUCCAUCCCCCCCACAGAAGAUGUGAGAAGUACCAGUAUAGCAGCUUUAAGAUUAGCAGCUCGAGAACAUGAACUACGAUUAGAACUGCUUAGACAAAGAGCUGAUCUUAUUUGU